AUGUCUUCCAGAGUCGAGAUGCCAAACAUCGGCGCCCUGCUGGCCCCCAUCCUGCCCGCUCUCCCUGCCGCCGCCGUCUCAAAACAGCCCGCCAUCGGUGUCCUGCCCCUGCUCUCCCCCAUUCUGAGGCAAAGAGUCCAGCUUCUUGGCCUCAACAGCACAGAGCCCUGGCUUCGCCUGCUCAGCUACGAUGCCGCCAAAACGGCCCGUCUCUCCGAGGUCGUCCAGAGCGGCCGUCUCGAGCCUCACCAGGUGUCCGGUGAGGUCGAGGUCGACUGGGAGUAUGAUGCCAAGACGAAGUACCGCCGUCUCGAUCUCGAAACCCUCAACGCCUUUGUGGUCCUGGAGGAGCUCGAGCUCGCCUUUAAGCUCGUGUACUGCGUUGGCGACCAGGAUGGCGGCGGCGAUGGGUGGAGGGUCGGAGAGGUCACCGUCGCCGAGAAGCCGAACCCUUUUGCCGAGUUCGCCGGCCACUCGACCAUGGCAGAGGCCGACAAGGCCUUCGAGGAGGGCAAGGCGGCACCCGCGGCGGCGUCGGUCACGCCAGGCUUCUCCGGCACGCCCGACAUGGACGACGGCAACGACGACUACUGGAACCAGUACAACGAGACGCCCGCCCGGUCACCGGCUCCCCAGCGAUCUCCCGCGCCCCUGGCGCCCCAGCCCUCCUCGCACCUCGGCAUGUUCCGCACCGACUCGGCGGAGGACAGCUACUACGCCCAGUAUGACGAUGUGCAGCCAGCCAUGGACAACCACGACCCCGACGAGGAGCCGCUCGCCCAGUCGCAGCAGCAGCCCGAGGUAUCGCCACCUGCCCGCAUGCUCGUCCAGCCCCAGGCCGAGAAGCCUGCGAGCCCCGGCCCCGAUCUCGAGGCCGAGCGACGCGCCGCUCAGGUGCUGCAUCCGCGCCCGGCGUCGAGCGCCAGCAGCAACGGCAGUCGCACCGUCGAGCGCUUCGAGGAGAUGGCCGGCAGGCAGGAGGCCAGCGGCUUCGCUAUCAAGCAGCACGUGUCCAAGAGCAUCCGCAGCUUGUGGCAGCUGUCGCAGGCCUCGGGUAUCGACCGCGAGGAUUUCGAGAGGCUCGUGCAGAACGAGCUCGAUCUCGCCCACAUGACGCAGGAUUCAUGA